CUUAUAUUCAGUUGGCAGAGGCUGGGCCAGUCUGGCUCCAGCCUGAACUCCAUCCAAGCAACAUUGUGAGGACUGGAGGAUCAAGCCAGGCUACUCUAGUGCUGGGUGAUGGCUGUUACUGGCAGAUCUUGGUGCCAAUCUCAGAGCCAUCACUCCUGUUUCACUGCCCUGCCUGCUUCAGGCAGCCAAGCACUGCACAUGCAGAACUGAGGCGUGCUGCAGAGCACAAAAAUGUCCACAGAGACCAACAGCAACUGCCCCAUCUGCCAGGACACUUGUGAGGAUGUGGCUUCUACUCUGCCCUGUCACCACCAGUUUUGCCUGGGCUGCAUUCUGCGGUGGACAGAGAGAAAUCCAGUGUGCCCACUCUGCAGAAGAACAAUAGUGACUGUCCAAUUUUCUGAUCAUGGAGAAGACGACUAUCUGGAGGCAUCUAUCACAGUCCCUGAGGAGCUGCUAGAUGUCAGCAGCCAGGGAGAGAGAGCUCUCGGCAGCCUGGAUGAGAACAACUCCCAUCCUCCUGUGGUCUCUCCUUCAUCUUCUCCACAGGGGACAGUGUCUCCAGCAGAGCAGGAAGGAUCAGGGCUGGAGUUUGUGGGCAGCAUCCUGCCUGAGGUCUGGGCAGAAAGUUUCCGUCAACAACAGCAUCUCCUGGACUCCAUGCGGCCCUGGCUGCAUGAGAGGCUGGAGGGAAUAUACCACGGCUGCUGGUGGGUGGUAGAUGCCAUAGAGAGCAGCAUCUUGCAUGGCCUUUGCGUCCAUGGGCCAAAUGCUGAGUUGCUGGUCGAGGUGCUGCAGCCUCUCCUCAAGGAACACACGGCACCACUGAUCCAUGAUGUGAUCAGCAUCAUUAUGGGCCAGUGCCAUGAGGAGGCCCAGAGGCUUCUGCACUCUAGUGCUGUCAGGGAUGAGAACACUGGCCCUGUGGCCAGCUCCAGGUCUAGCUCCAGCUCCAUCUCCAGAUCCAGCUCCAGCAAUUCCAGGAGCUCCAGUUUCAGCAGCCAGAGCUGCAGCUGCAGUUGUAGUUGCAGCUCCAACAGCUGCAGCUCCAGCAGUUCCCAGGAAGGGACUCCUGACAGCAGCCCCACAGACUCUGAUGAGGAGGAGGAAGCUGGUACAUGAGGGGCUUCCCCCUGCCCAGGGCAGCAGUCAUAGCCCCCCUGCUCCUAGGGCAGAGACUGAUUGUCCACUGAGCCCCAGCAUAUCUGACUAAAGAGGGGGCCCUCCUCACCAGUCCUGUCAGAGGCUGACCCACUGGCAGCUCAAGCAGGACUCUUGCAAUCCUUUAUUCAAGGAAAAAUAAAUAGUUAUUUCCC